AUGGCGGGCGUACUUGAUGGUCUUUCGAACAGCUCACCACCUUCCAAUCCUAACGAUAGCAUUCUUAACGAGGACGAAGCUCCUGGGAAAUCUACCCCACAUUUGGUAGAACAAGUGAAGGCAUCGGUCGAUAGAUUGAACGCUGAGAUCGCUGCCCAGGCUCGAGAUGCAGAAAACUCAAAAGCUGAACCUGAAGCUACGCACUCAAAUUAUCAGAAUACUCAAAAGCCCGUUUAUGAUGGGCCGUGGGUCUCUCGACCUAUAAAGAGAGUAGUCUCUGCGGACCAAGGUUCUCAGCCAUCCAGUGGGCUAUCGAAAAUAAACUCAGAAAAGCUUUACGAUCCAGCCAGCCCCGACUUCGAUGCAAUCACCGAGUGUGAAACUAUCCUGGCAAAGGAGCGAGCAGUUACUUUAGAAAAGCGCAAGAGAGCGAGCGAAAGCAGUGAGCUCGCUUCCGUUGAAGACAGAAGCGUACACAAUAGUAGCGGAUAA